UGUCAAAUUUCUUUGAUUGCAGUUUUUUCCAGGCUUCUUCGAUUUCAAUCGGUAACCUAUUGCAAACUCAACCACUGCGAGGAUCAUUCUGUUCACUUUCUCUAUCCGCGGUUCAAAGACCUCAUUAUUUUGUUAUUGUGUUUGUCUUUCUUUAGGUGUCUAUGUGUUUGGUUUCCUGUUCAUGUUGCCCCAGCUAUUUGUCAACUACAAGCUCAAAUCAGUCGCUCACCUUCCUUGGAGAGCGUUUAUGUACAAGGCGUUCAACACGUUCAUUGACGAUGUGUUUGCAUUUAUAAUCGUCAUGCCCACCGCUCACCGCCUGGCCUGUUUCAGGGAUGACGUCGUGUUCGUUAUUUAUCUCUAUCAGAGAUGGUUGUAUCCAGUCGACAUGAAGAGGGUGAACGAGUUUGGUGUUUCGUACGAAGACCAGGAAAACGAAGACAAACCACACGAAGACUAAUAAUGCCUUAAUAACCAAAAUGUGGCCGUAGUUAGUUAAUAGAAAAUAAAAAGUAAAUUAACACUUUAACGUAA